GGAUGCUGGUUCUGGGUAAGUCCCCAGCGGCUCUGCUGGCUGAUACUAUUCCAAGUGUGAAGGAAGUCGAAGUGAAGGAGCUGGGCAAGUUGACCGUAGCUGUGCUUCUGUGCCUCUGUGCCUGUGCCUGUGCCUGUGCCUGUGCCUGUACUUCUGGCCCCGUUUGCGCUGGGUUGGGGUCUCCCUUGCGUGUGUGAACGUGAUUAUUUGAUCAUGACGAAUCCGAUCCGUCUCGAGCCAGCUAGGCCCGGAUACCCAGCUAUCGGACCUUUGGUCUCCCGGGGUCGAUCAAUGUCGCACUGCGUCGCAAUGGGACUUCCUCCACCCCGGGUUAAUUAUAUCCCUGGGGUAUAUAUACCCAGCUGUCCCCCGAUGGAACGUUUUCUUCUCCAUCCGACAAUCGCACAGUCGAAACCCACAGACUUUGUUCACAAACCUAGACACCCAAGACUCCAGACUCAUCCUCAACAUGGCGCCCAAGAUUGCAAUCGUCUACUACUCCAUGUAUGGCCACAUCAGACAGCUCGCCGAGGCCGAGAAGAAAGGAAUCGAGAAGGCCGGUGGUACUGCCGAUCUCUACCAGGUCGCCGAGACUCUCCCGCAAGAGGUCCUGGACAAGAUGUACGCCCCGCCCAAGCCCACAGACAUCCCCGUCAUCGACGACCCGUCGACGCUGGAGGCGUAUGAUGCCUUCCUGAUUGGCAUCCCGACACGGUACGGCAACUUCCCCACGCAGUGGAAGGCCUUCUGGGACAAGUCGGGCAAGCAGUGGUCGUCGGGCGGCUUCUACGGCAAGCUCGCCGGGUUCUUCCUGUCGACCGCCAGCAUGGGAGGCGGCCAGGAGUCGACGGCGCUCGCGGCCAUCAGCACCCUUGCCCACCACGGAAUCCUCUACGUGCCUUUCGGCUACGCCAAGGCGUUCGCCCAGCUCGUCGACGUGACCGAGGUGCGCGGCGGUGGCCCGUGGGGCGCCGGCACGAUUGCCGGGUCCGACGGCAGCCGGCAGCCCAGCGAGAGGGAGCUCGAGCUCGCGACCAUCCAGGGCGAGUGGUUCUAUAAGACGGCGGCCAAGUACGCCUCGGGCACCGCGUGACUACAUGAUGGUGGCGACGCGACGGCAGGAAAGGGUACGAAUGGAGCGAAAGCCACUGAGAAGGAGGAGGCUGCGGUCCCCAAGGCGGACGAGGGCAAGAAAGCUAAGGAAGGCCCGUGUGGGUUGCCGCUGCCGGG